GUCACGUAUUCGUCUUACUGUCACCAUGUCACCUCUACAUGAGUUCAUCCGAAGUUUCAAAAAGGUCCCACAUACCAUGAAAGAAAUGUUUGCUGCCAAUCCAAAAAGAUUUUCCGAAUUCAGUCAGGUUUUCACUCUUCCUGGUGGAACAAUUCUCCUUGACUAUUCAAAAAAUUUGAUUGAUACCAAUACUUUUAACCAGUUAAUUCAGUUGGCCAAGGAUAGUAAUGUAGAAAAAAUGCGGGAUGAUAUGAUGGAGGGGAAGAAAAUCAAUUUUACCGAGGAUAGAUCUGUUCUGCACAUUGCUUUACGAAAUCGCUCAAAUGUGCCAAUCAUGGUUGAUGGAAAAGACGUUAUGCCUGGAGUAAAUGCCGUCCUCGACCAUAUGUCCAAAUUUUGCAACUCUGUCAGAUCUGGCGAAUGGAAAGGAUAUACAGGCAAGCCGAUUAAGGAUGUUGUUAACAUUGGUAUUGGAGGCUCAGAUCUGGGGCCCGUUAUGGUUACUGAAUGUUUAAGACCUUACGCUUCACAUAUCCGAGUACACUUUGUUUCAAACAUAGAUGGAACACAUAUUGCAGAAACGUUAAAAAAAUUGGAUCCGGAGACAGCUUUGUUUAUCAUUGCCUCCAAGACUUUCACUACUAUUGAAACGAUGACUAAUGCCAAUUCUGCCAAACAGUGGUUCUUGGAACAUGCUAAAGAUGUAUCCCAUGUCGCCAAACAUUUUGUCGCCUUGUCAACUAAUACCAAAGAUGUCCGAGCGUUCGGCAUAGCACCAGAAAAUAUGUUCGAGUUUUGGGAUUGGGUUGGCGGUCGUUACUCCUUAUGGUCAGCAAUCGGUCUAUCAAUAGCACUUUACGUAGGCAUGGACAAUUUCAUUAAAUUGUUGGAAGGUGCACAUGCAAUGGAUAAACAUUUUAAAGAAACGCCGUUGCAUAAAAAUAUUCCUGUCAUUCUAGCUGUAUUAGGCGUUCUCUACAUUAAUAUAUAUGGUGCAGAGACUCAAGCAAUUCUACCCUAUGAUCAGUAUAUGUCACGUUUUCCUGCAUAUUUUCAACAAGGUGAUAUGGAGUCGAAUGGAAAAUUUGUUACACGAGAUUCUAAAGAAGUUGAUUAUGCCACUGGACCUAUUGUGUGGGGUGAACCUGGAACAAAUGGUCAGCAUGCAUUCUAUCAACUUAUUCAUCAAGGCACUCGAAUUAUCCCUUGUGACUUUUUGAUACCAAUUCAUACGCAUAAUCCAGUACAGAAAGGAUUACAUCAUGAGAUACUGUUAUCAAACUUUUUGGCACAAACUGAAGCUUUAAUGGCUGGUAAAACUAAAGAGGAGGUGCAUAAAGAAUUAUUCGCUGCUGGUGUUACUGGUGAUAAACUUGAAUCACUUUCAGUGCAUAAAAGUUUCAAAGGAAAUCGUCCAUCGAAUUCUAUUGUAUUUAGUAAAUUAACACCUGAAUUAUUGGGUGCAUUGAUUGCUAUGUACGAGCAUAAAAUCUUUGUACAAGGAAUUAUAUGGAAUAUCAAUUCAUUUGAUCAAUGGGGUGUGGAGUUGGGUAAAGUGUUGGCCAAACGAAUUCAGCCUGAGUUAACAUCAAACGAGACAAUCAGUAGUCAUGAUUCGUCAACAAAUGGAUUGAUCGCAUUCAUAAAGAACCAUCGGAAGUGAAAUGGACUGUCCGUCGUCUGAGUACAGGUAGCAGUGGAACAAGGAAACAGUGUGAUGAUGAUGAUGUCGCUCACAAAUCAAUCAGUCUUUUCUUUCUGUCUUGAUAAUCUCUGCUGGACCAUCAUAUUUACUAACUUAUUUCUCUGAAUGCGCGUGUGUGUGUGGAAUUCUCUCAUUUAUAUUUAUACUACUACUAUUAUUAUUGUUCUCCUUCUCUCCUCCUCUCUGCUCAAAUCUCUCAAAUCGUCACACCAUGACACAUACUCACAUACACCAAUGAAUCAUAGCAUAUUUGAAACUGGCUUAAUUUCUAGUCCCUGGUUUGAUUCUUUUACUUCACUUAAUAAUAAAACAAAAAAGUAGUGAGUGAAUUAAUUAAUUAAUUAAUUAAAAAAUAUUCAAAAAAACAACUAUUUUUUAGUGAAUAUAGUUUAUUUAUUUA